CGUCUGUUUCCCGGAUACCAGAAACAGUCAAGUGUUUAUUUCUUUCAUGUGAUCUUUGUCCCAUUAUAUCUGUGUGUGUGGUUUGUUUUCCAGGAGGCCGGCUGUUCCCAGUAUGCUGCUCAGCUUCUUGACUUCAGGAGUUGACAGUCCCAUCUGUGUUUGACAGGACGCACUGUUCUCAACCUGGACAGCAGUUAGGCAAGUAUUACAUCUCUACUGCUAAUAUGUCCUUACUUUUGCAUUAAGAAGUCUGUAUGUCCUGGUUAUGCUUUUCAUUUUCUUAAUAAUUACAAUAAUAUUGAUGUAAUGUUAACAGAAGCAUUAAUAAAGUUGUAUAAUCAGUAUUUUUUUUAAUUCCAGGAUACAGUUGCCUUUAAAUCAAGGACAGCACCUGUCAUAAAGAUGAAUUAGACUAAAACCUGGAGGAGUUUUGCAAAACAUAAACUACAUAUUCAUAUCAGGCUUCGACUGUUCUUCCUGUCUCCUGCACAGCUUUUGAAAUGUGGCUCAUGGUCGUCUCUGUCCCGCUGCUUCCUGCCAUCAUCAUGAUAUCCAGUCGUUAUCGUGUCAAAGUUGCCACGCUGUGCCAUCGAGCUCUGGCGUGGGCACUGAGGCUGGUGCAAGGGAGAGUGUGUGUAAGGAGCACCCACGCCUUCGUGUUCUCUAAAUGCACACAUGGCAAAGCUGACAGCGUCCUGGAGACCUUUGACCUUUACGCAGACACACACCCCUCCCUCUGCAUCGGCCCACAGAUUGGUGAAGCACUGGAUGAAGUGGUGAGGCGUGUCCGUCCCUCCCGAGCGUUGGAACUGGGGAUGCACUGUGGCUACACUUCUGUCCGCCUGCUGCGUCUGCUACCCCCUGCUGGCAGACUGGUCACAGUGGAGCUGGACCCACUAACAGCAGACCUUGGGGAGGAAAUCAUACUGGUGGCUGGCUUCAAACACUCCCAGUUCCAGGUGUUGAUAUCCAGCUCAGCUGAGGCCAUCCCAACUUUGCGUUCAUUGCUUGAGCCUGAUCAAGGGACCAGUGAGGGGCUCAGUCUGGUGCUGAUGGACCAUGACCCCCAGCAGUACCUUCCAGACCUGCUGGCUCUGGAGAGAGAGGAGCUCCUCUGCCCUUCUGGCUGCUCUGUGAUCCUGAUGUACAGGAACCAAAGAACUGAAGAUCUAAGUGAGAUCCUGCGUCACAUCAGAGCAAAGCGUGACUGCUACUGCAUCAAGUCAGAGCUUCAGUCUAUGAUAGAGAUCUUCUUCCAAAAAGAAAACACAAGGGUAGAAAGGUGAUAUCAGAAUCUUCAGGGUGGACAUGUGCUUUCAGUUUGUGUGGACUCCAUCAACUAACAGUGUUACAUACUUCGUCAUAUCUAGUAUUACUGAUGGGUCAAAGAAUUACAGGAUAAAAUGAUAUUAAUAAUAUUUUCUACAAUUUUUCAAAGUCAUAAUUUUGUAUAUUUUGUGUAACUUGUUAAUGUCAAAAAUCAAUGAACUCAAAAAUAAAAUCAAAAAGCUGCUUACACAAUCUCUUCUCACAACAAAGGAAACAAAGAAAAACAAAAACUAGAUGUAGAGCACAGAGACACCACAUGAUGGCGCUCUCUGCUUUUUAAAGAAUAGGUACUCAAACGUUGGAGUGGCUUUGACAAGGCAACCUUUUAAAGGGAGAUGCCACCCAUUUUUAAGACCUUGCAUGUUAUGUGUGCACUCCAGGACAGCCCAAAAAAUACAUGCUGUAAACAGGAAGUUUGACUUUUGAAUUUAUAACGUAAAUAUAUGUGUCCUGGUUUAUUCAUGACGCCACAGCAAACUUGUUUUGACGCACACUGCCUUUUGUGCACGUUAUAUUAUUUACUUUCAGAACCCAAAGUCAAUGUUUACAAUUAAAAAUAAA